AUGGCCAGCGUGCGGGCCAACGGCACACAUGUGUGUGCAGGCACCCUCAUCGCUGCCCAGUGGGUGCUGACUGUGGCCCACUGCCUCACCCAGGACGGUGUCACCUACUCGGUGCGGAUGGGGAGCCCCUGGAUCGACCAGCGGGCUCCGACCACGGUGGACGUCGGCGUGCGCGAGGUCAUCCUCAACAGCCGGUUCCGGGCCCGGCGCUACUGGUCCUGGGUGGGCAAGGCCAACAACAUCGCCCUCCUGCGGCUCGACAGAGCGCUCACCUACAGCAAGUACGUGUGGCCCAUCUGCCUGCCCGGCCUGGACUACAAGGUGCAGGACUUCUCCCUCUGCACCGUGACCGGCUGGGGCCGCCCCAGGGCCAACGGCUCCUGGCCGCAGUCCCGGACCAUCCAGGAGAAGGACGUCACCGUCCUCAGCACCAGGGAGUGCGAGGACUUCUACCACCGGUUCUCCAGAAUCCCCUCCCUCAUCCGGAUCAUCAACUCCCAGAUGGUCUGUGUGCAGGACACCGACCGGGAGCACUUCUGCUACGAGACCAGCGGGGAGCCCCUGUCCUGCCCCGCGGAGGGCACGUGGCUCCUGGUGGGCAUGGUGAGCUGGGGGCCCGGCUGCAGCAUCAGCGAGGCACCGCCCAUCUACCUGCGCGUCUCGGCCUACCAGCACUGGGUGUGGGCGCGCAUCAACGGGCAGGCGCUGCCCGCCCCGGCCGGCCCGCUCCUGGCGCUGGCGCUGCCCCUCAGCCUCCUCGCUGCCUGCUGA